AUGGAUCCUCAAAUGUAACAAAAGGAGUUUUUGAAAAGACUGUAUUAGUAGAUGAAGUCUGCAGUGACUCUGUAAUCGAAGAUUCAAAAUGUGAAUUAUUUGCUGUCAUUCACAUCUGAUUUUUUAGAUACGUUUGCAUAAUCUAAUUCAAUGAAAAUAAUUACAUAGUACUUAAAGGACGCUUUGAAAUCCAUUCAAGUUAAUGAAGAAUUGAUUGAUAAAAUUUUUGCUUUAUUAUUGAGGAUGAAUUUAAGCGAAGAAAUACUCAAAGAAUCAGAGAUUGCUUAGCCUCUAUUAAAAAUUAAAGAUAAAAAGCUUUUUGAUAACAUAAGAUCGAAUCUGAUUGAACAAAUAUAAUAGAAGUGGUCUAGAUGCUAUAUAAAAUUCAAACCAUUGCUUGAAGAGUGGAAAAGAAACAACAAUUAGAAGGAUAAAUAAGAGGAUCGAAAAAAGAAAGGGAAAAGAAACCAAUCAUCAAGUUCUAGUGAAUCCUCCAAUAAGAAAAAGAAGAGCAGAAAGAAAUUUGUCAGGUAAUAUUUCAGAGUAUUAUUGAACAGAUUUCAAAGAGAUGAUCUCUUGCUUAAUUUUAAAUAUUUUAAGCGAGAGGAUGAACCAAAUCAAAGAGGAAUGACCAUGGAAGAAGUUGUUUAAUUCUAGAAACAAUAUGCUGGCGAGUUAAAACGUUUGGAUCAAAUAAAUGGAGCCUAUAAUAUAAAACAUCGAGAAUCAUUGAUGGAAGGCAAAGAACAUAAACUGCAAUUAGACAUUAUUCAAUAGAUGUUAGAAUAAAUACCAUUUAUUAAACCUACAAAACUAUUUUUGUAAUCAUAAGUAUCCUACGACACCAAUUACAUUGAAACUGCAAUCUAAUAAAAAAGAACGGAAUCUAAAAUGUCUGCAUUUUACAAUAGAGAUAACAUACCAGAAUAGCCUGGAUAUAAUGAGAUUUCUAAUACUCAAUCAGGCUUAUAACCUAAAAUAAUCCAUUUAGAUCCUCCAAAAAGAGAGGACCUUAUGUAUAUGGUCUAAGUCAUUUGCAACAGAGGUCUUAAAGAAUUGGAAGAGAAGAACAAAAAUGCCAAUAAGAAACAAAUUAAGGGAAUUCUUAAAAAACAACCUGAUGAAUAAAUGAAAUAAAAGGAUGUACUCAAUCAAGCCAAGCAAGACUUACAACCAAAAAUGUAAUAAUUAGUCCAAAUGGUCGAGUAGAAACAUUAACAUAGCCAGGAAAGCAUUCUAACUUUAUUACAUGAUAUUAUAUAAAAAUUAAAGGAUAUUGGUGAGGAAAAAUAUAUAAAAAAUUUUAAAUCUAUCCUUGAAACAAAACUGAACGACAAGCAAACAAUAAUGAGUGAAAUUGAUCGCAUUAAAGUACAAUAAGAUUAACAGAGACUUCGACUUGAGUAGUUAUAAACUAUCAAUCCUGCUCAAGCCCUACGAUUAAAAGCUUACAAAACCAAGCAUUGUCACAAUUUUCAUUCGCCCAUAGGUUGUGCAAGAGGAGAUAAUUGCAAUUUCAUACAUGACUCUCGUUAUCCAGGAAGACCAGCCCCAGUACUUUAACAUCCCAAUUUCCUGAACAAAACUCUAUAUCCCUAAUCCAAUGUGCCUGUAAUAGUUCCACCUCUGCUUCAAUAACUCAACCCUUUGAUUCUGCUUGGAAGACAGAAAAAGUAUGAAAGUCUAUGA